UCUUUGCUUGAAACAGAAAACCCUUUCGUGGAGCGUAGCGAUGACACAGGAAAGGAAGAAGUGGACAUACCCUUCAACCUACCAAGGUUGGCCUUUGAUUUCAAAGAACGGAAUGAAAAAGGAGAAGUGGUGGAAGAAUUCUUAGUUGAUAGGACAGCAAAAGUGGAACAUGAAGGUGCCACCGAUGGUCAACAAUAUAAGUUAAAAGAAAUUAAAGAUGACAUGUACAACCUAAAGUCUAUCAAAAUGGAUUUGUCUGAGUUUGAGGCUCUUGAUACAUAUGCUUGUAAGAUUCCUCCGAGGAGCACUGUGCAAAAACUUGUAAAAGAACUAUUAGUAUAUGCAAGUACAGAUCUGGAAAGAGUCCGAGCAAUCUGGAUCUGGAUUUGUUGUCACAUCGAAUAUGACGUGAAGGGAUUUCACAACAAGCACACAAAGCACAAUAGCCCUACUGAUGUAUUGAAGUCUGGAAAAGCAGUGUGCGCUGGAUAUUCAGGUCUCUUUUGUGAAAUGUGCAGUCUUGCAGGUAUACAGUGUACAAUAAUUGAAGGAUACUCCAAAGGCUACAACUAUGAUGUUGGGAAGAAGUUCACUGGAGAAGCUGAUCACGCAUGGAAUGCUGUGUUUUUGGAUGGGAAGUGGCAUCUUCUGGACAGUACAUGGGGAGCAGGCCAUGUUAAUGAAACCUGCAGCAAGUUUACUUUCAAGUAUGUUGAAUUUUAUUUCUUAACUCAUCCUACCCUCUUCAUCAAUAAUCAUUUCCCCAACGAUGAAACGUGGCAGCUCAUUUCUCCAAAGAUUCCCCUCAAAAUAUUUGAAAAUAUGGUCUUUAGGACAGGAGAAUUUUAUGAUAUUGGUUUGACAUACAUCCAUCCAGAAGUACAGGUGGUGUCCACUGUGAAUGGAAGAGUUAUCAUCAAUGUGGAAGGACUGUAUCCAACAUACUUCAUUUUCAAUCUGGAUGGGAAAAAGGACUGUGGCAUCCUAACCAUAACUAAAUAUGGCAUGAAGCUUGAGGUUCUGCCACAAAAAGCUGGAGAAUUCAGAUUAAAGAUCUAUGCCAAACUAUUUGAUUCUAAAGAGGAAACUUAUUCCUUUAUAUGUGGAUAUUUGGUUAAAUGUGAUUUUAUUGAAGAAAACUUCAAGCUACCAAAGGUAUUUCACAAUCCUUUAGGACCCAGCUGGAUUACUGAGAACAAGGGUCUUUUGAAACCUUCACACCCCGAACCCAUUAUUUAUUGUGAUGAUGGCAAUUGUAAUAUAAGGUUCAUGCUGAACAGAGAUCUCUCAUUCACCAGCAAGCUGUCAUGUGAUGAAGUCAAAUUGUCAGAGGAGGUCAUGAGAAAUCACGUCUUCAAAACUCAACAGGGUAACUGGGUCGAAUUCCAGAUCCACCUCCCUGCAGCCGGUCUUUAUGUUUUCGCUAUAUUUUCCAAGGACAAGGCAAAACGCAGUCCAACACAUGACCACGUGUGUGAAUACUUCAUUUUCUGUCGUGAUAAGAAUGUCCACUGGCCAAGUUUCCCUAAAGUUUUCAGCUCUUGGACUGACGGAUGUGAAUUAAUUGAGCCGCUGUCUGGAAUUCUGCCACGCAACGAGAUGGUGACAUUCAAGCUCAAAAUCCCCCAUGUGAGAAAGGUCCAGGUUUAUGGCAAAUCUCCCUGUCCCCUGACCAUGAGCAACGACGGCUACUGGGAAGGAAGGUGUUACACACAAGACUCCAAGUUCCUCAGUGUUGGAGUUUCAGACAAAAUGUUUGAUACAAAAUUUACAUUUGCCCUUCAAUAUGAGAUAGAAGGCUCAUAGCCCACACACACAGUUAAGACAAGAAAUGUUUAUUGUCAUUCGCUGUGACUGGCAAAAAUGGUGCUACUAGGAAUAAAGAAACAUCUUUAAAGAAAAUGAAAUUGCUUUGUCAUGUGGCACUACCUUUACAAUGGACAAUAAGCUGUGACAGGUUGACAGUGGCUCACUGCUUCUUAAUUCUACUACUGGACAAUAAAACAA